CGGCGGCGGCGGAGGGAGCGGCGUGAGUGCGGCAGGUGCCCCCCCUCCGGCCCCCCGCCAGGCCCCGCCGUCCGCCUCUCAGCCGCCGCCUCCUCCUCCUGCUGCUGCUGCUGCAGCCUCGGCUCCUCCGUCGGCCCCGCAGCAGAGCCCUCCGCCGCCGCCGCCGUCUCAGCAGCAGCCGCCUCCUCAGUCUCAGCCGCCCCCGUCCUCCUCCUCCUCCUCGUCGUCGUCGUCCCUGGCCGUGAGAGCCCUUCCGGGCCCGGCGCGUAUCGGCCACUACGAAGUGGAGCGGACCAUCGGGAAGGGCAACUUCGCCGUCGUCAAGCUCGCCACGCACCUGGUCACCCGCGCAAAGGUUGCUAUAAAGAUCAUUGAUAAAACUCAGCUGGAUGAAGAGAACCUCAAGAAGAUAUUCAGGGAAGUUCAGAUUAUGAAGAUGCUCUGCCACCCACACAUCAUCCGAUUGUAUCAGGUUAUGGAGACGGAGCGGAUGAUUUAUCUGGUGACAGAAUAUGCAAGCGGAGGGGAAAUAUUUGAUCACUUGGUGGCCCAUGGACGCAUGGCUGAAAAGGAAGCACGGAAGAAGUUUAAGCAGAUCGUAGCAGCUGUGCAUUUCUGCCACUGUCGUAACAUCGUCCACAGAGAUUUGAAAGCAGAGAACUUGCUUCUGGAUGCAAAUCUGAAUAUCAAAAUUGCAGAUUUUGGAUUCAGUAACAAAUUCACACCUGGCCAGUUGCUGAAGACCUGGUGUGGAAGCCCACCAUAUGCGGCUCCUGAACUUUUUGAGGGGAAGGAGUAUGAUGGACCGAAGGUGGACAUUUGGAGCCUUGGCGUGGUGCUCUAUGUGCUGGUCUGUGGGGCCCUGCCUUUUGAUGGGAGUACACUGCAGAACCUGCGGGCAAGGGUGCUGAGUGGGAAGUUUCGCAUUCCAUUUUUCAUGUCCACAGAGUGUGAGCACUUGAUCCGCCACAUGUUGGUGCUGGAGCCAAGCAGGCGGCUCUCCAUGGAGCAGAUCUGCAAGCACAAGUGGAUGAAGCUUGGGGAGGUGGAUACUGAGUUUGACACGCUAAUAGCUGAGUGCCAGCACCUGAAGAUCGAGCGGCAGAUGGAGCCUGUGAAUGAAGACGUGCUGCUGGCCAUGGCAGAGAUGGGUCUGGAUAAGGAGCACACCCUGCAGUCAUUAAGGACAGAGGCAUACGAUCACUACAGUGCCAUCUACAGCCUACUCUGUGACCGCCAGAAGAGGCAUAAGAAUCUGCGCAUUUGCACUCAGCCUGGCCUGCCAAGGACCAUGACCUUCCCAGCAGUCACAGCUGCCAACAUCCAGGCAGAGCAAGGAGGCAACACAGUGAGCAUCAGUGUUCCCCAAGUGCAGCUCAUCAACCCGGAGAACCAAAUUGUGGAGACGGACGGAACCAUGAACCUGGAUUCAGAUGAAGGGGAAGAGCCAUCUCCUGAAGCCCUGGUCCGCUAUCUCUCCAUGAGGAGGCACACAGUGGGAGUGGCUGAUCCUCGCACUGAGGUGAUGGAAGAUCUUCAGAAGCUACUGCCAGGCUUCCCUCGUGUUGCACCACAGGCCCCCUUCCUGCAGGUGGCACCAAACAUGAACAUGGCAGCCAACAUGCUGCCCAUGCAUCACCUCCAGCCGACGGGCCAGUUGGAGUACAAGGAGCAGUCAUUGUUGCAGCCCCCGACUCUGCAGUUGUUGAAUGGAAUGGGACCCCUUGGACGGAGGGCAUCAGAUGGAGGAGCCAACAUCCAGUUGCAUGCCCAGCAGCUCUUGAAGCGUCCCCGGGGCCCUUCUCCACUCGUUACCAUGACACCAGCAGUGCCCGCCGUGACCCCUGUGGAUGAGGAGAGUUCAGACGGAGAGCCAGACCAGGAGGCUGUGCAGAGAUACUUGGCCAAUAGGUCAAAAAGGCACACCCUGGCAAUGACCAACCCCACCGCGGAAAUCCCACCCGACUUGCAGAGGCAGCUAGGACAGCAGCCCUUCCGCUCCCGGGCAUCACACCUGGCACCCGAUCAGCACCGCUAUGUCUACAAGGACUCCAAUACUCUGCAUCUUCCCACGGAGCGUUUCUCCCCAGUUCGCCGUUUCUCUGAUGGGGCUGCCAGCAUCCAGGCAUUCAAGGCCCAGUUGGAGAAGAUGGGCAACCACAGCAGCAUUAAGCAGCUCCAGCAGGAGUGUGAACAGCUCCAGAAGAUGUACGGGGGCCACAUGGAUGAGCGGACCCUGGAGAAGACACAACAGCAGCACAUCUUGUACCAGCAGGAACAGCAUCACCAGAUCCUUCAGCAGCAGAUCCAGGACUGUGUCUGCCCUCCUCAGCCCUCUCCACCCCUCCAAGCUCCAGGGGAAAACCAGCCUGCUCUGCUUACCCACCAGCUCCAGAGGUUACGGAUACAGCCAUCCAGUCCACCUCCAAACCAUCCCAGCAACCAUCUCUUCAGGCAGGCAGACAGCAGCCCUCCUCCCACCAGCGGCAGUGUGCACCAGAGCCAUGGUGGUGCCUCCCAGUCACUGUUCCAAGGGAUGCCUUCUCAUGGUGCCAUCUUCCCGCAGUCGGGCAGUUGCUCUCCUCCCCCCAACUUGGGUCUCUCCUGCCUGGGCAUGCAGCAGCCAGGGCAGGGGCAGCAGGUCGCCAUGCAGGUGCAGGAGCCCGCAGACAUGAUGGGCAGCAGCCUCCUGCAGGCCGGACGGGGCAUGCCCAUCAAUCCCAGUGCCAACCAGUUGCAGAUGCACCACCGUGCCAGCUUGAUGGCCUCCCUUGCCUAUGGACCCAGGCCUCUCUCCAAGCAGCUCAGCGCCGAUGGCACGGAGCCACACAGGUAUCCCUCCACUGGCUACGACCAGGUGCACGCACAUCCCCACCUGUUUCCAGAGCAGGCCCGGGUCUCUCCCAGCAGCUAUGGCCCGGCCACGGGGUUCCCCCCCGUGCAGGCAUUGAAAGUCCCAGCGAUGGAGCAGUUUCCUGCCUUUUCCCAGAGUACUCAGCAGCAGCAGCAGCACUACGCCACCUCAGCCCUCCAUCAGGCCCUGCUGUCCCCGACGCCGACUGACUACACCCGGCACCAGCAAGUCCCACACAUCCUACAGGGCCUGCUCUCACCCCGACACUCGCUCACAGGCCACGCAGACCUGCGGCUGCCCCAGGUGGAGGUUGCCCAGCUGAUGAAGCGGCGGCAGCAGCAGCAGCAGGAGCUCCAAGAACUGAUCCGGCACAUGAGCCACGGGGAGGGUGGACACCAUGUGGUCGCCGGCAUGGCUCAGAAACUGUCAGAGCGCCACUCUCUCUCUUUGCCUUAUCAAAAUGCUGACUCCUACCAUCCCCACCAUGCUCACCACCCCCACCACACCAGCCCCCAGCACCUCCUGAAAGUGCGAGAACACGAUUGUAUCCAGCAGGUGGCGGCCCAUGGGUAUGCCCCCACGCCCGCCCUGGUCCACUCUGAGAGCAUGGAAGAGGAGGACGAGGAGGCAGCGGUGGCAGUAGCAGUAGACUGCCUGUGCGACGGGGACAGGGACAACUUUCCAGGCAGUAAGACCAAAGGUGGCCAUCACCAUCAUCACCACCAUGACCCCCGGCUGCUCUUAAGCAUUGGCGGCCAGGGGGAUCUGGAUGCUUUUUAUGGGACCGCUAAACAUGAGCAAGAACUGGGGCCCCAUCCAUAUCGACACCAGCACAUGGCAGCUGCCUUCAGUCGGAAUGAGGCACCCUGCCGAGAUGCCAUGGCCAGGCACUCGCCCAGGCAGGUGGAGAUGACAGACGCGGAGGCACUGGGGGCGUACUCGGCCAGGGCUGUCCCUGGACCCCACCACAGAUCCCGGCCUCUGCAGAGACACCACACCAUUCAGGGCAGCGAGGAUGCCUACGUGCAGUUGGACACCCUGCCUGGCAUGAGCCUCAUGGCAGGGAAGGCGCUCAGUUCCGCCCGCAUGUCUGACGCUGUGCUCAGCCAGUCAUCCUUGAUGGGCAGCCAACCUCUCCAUGAUGGGGAGAGGGAAGGUGAGCGGUGGGCACCCUCCAGGCAUGGAACAGGCAGAGUGGCACCUUCAAUGGGCCUUAAUCCAGGCUUGGAAAGAGACUAUGAGGAUAAUUUGGAAGGAGAGGAACACCCAGCGCUAGGGGACAGCAGCCAGCACCUGAAUGCCUCUUGUUACCCCUCCACGUGCAUUACGGAUGUCCUCCUGAGUUACAAGCAUCCAGAGGUUCCCUUUGGGAUGGAGCAAGCUGGGGUCUAAAGACCUGGUGGGCUACAGUAAGGGUAUGUACAGCUUUGGAAGAAAAAGGUCCAUUUCAAAACCAACAGUAUCUUGCAGCAUUGCGCCAAAUGGCCGUAGCGUUUCUCCUGGAUGGAAAUUUUACAAUGGCGAUGGCAGCGGCAGCUUCUCCUACUCCUCUUCCUCAGUUCAACAGUGUACUUGUUCCUUUUGGAUGUUCAUUAUUACCAUAUUCACCUGUGAUACCAGCUGUUCGCAGAGAGCCGGAGAGCCCAUUAGGCGGGUUCUCUGGGGAGCUGGAUUGAAGCGGCACCAGCUGCCCCAUUGCAGGGGCUCAUCCUGGCCUGGGGAAGGUGGCGGCGAGGAGCCCUGGCCAUCCGCCAGCAAUAAGCAGACGCUUGGGACGUAUUUCCCCCGCACAGCGACACAGCUGGACCAGGGGUAUAGUGUGGUGGAGAGGCUGGGGGCAGUAUUUGUGGGGAGCAUGGGGGCUGAACCUCAAAGUCACAGCGGCCUUCCUUGCCUCGCUCUCUGCCCCCUCCCCUGGUGGCAAUUUGGACUCCCCCCCCCCAGCAGUGGUGCAAUAUUGCUUUUGUGUGUCUCUUUAAUUUGUGCGUCUCAUUUCUGUUUUUAAAGCUUAAAAUCAUUGUGCUGCAGAGUUCUCUCUCUUCCCCUCCCCUCCUUCUUUUUGUACAUCUUUUCCUGUCAAAUACACAUCUCAACACCCCUCAACCCCCAGCUUUUUUCUUUUUCUUUCUUAGAUCAACCGUGUGAGAACCAGCUUUCCUCUUUUAACUUGCUUCCCUUCAGAUCAUGUAGGAAUUUGCUUUUGGUAAAUGUUCUGUUGUUGUUAUUGUUAUUAUUAUUGAUAUUAAUAUUAUUAAUAAAUUAAUUGUUAAGAGAAGACCGCAAGCCCUCCUCCCUCCCUCCCACCCGCUUGACUGCUUCCUCCCCCCCAAAUGUUCCGCUGCCCUCCCAGUAUUGACUUUUCUCUGGCCGACCCCUGGGAGCGUUGACCCUCCCGCCAAGGCCUCCCAGAGACCUCUCUGUCCACUCCUGGGGGAACCUUAUUUUCUGCGACUGACCCAAGAUUUGGGGUGGGGGCUUUGUGGCGGGGGGUAAGGAUCUUGUCAUCUUUUCUGCCUUUGGACCUUUUGAAAACGCUACCAUAGAAAAUUCCUAUGACUGACUCUUUUUGGAAUAAUUUUUUAAAGGAAAUAUAUAUAGAUAUAUAGAUAUAUAUAGAUAGAUAUAUACACCUCUCUCAAUGCAGCCCUCCUGAAUUUGCACAGAAGAAGUGUGAGACCAGCAUGGCCUAGGUUCUUUUGCUCUCGCCAUCUUCCUCCUCCUCCUGCUCCCCAUUGCCUCCGCCGUGGCUUCCGUGGCAUCUGGAGAUGAAGCAGUCCCAAGUGGGGCAGGGGCUGGUUCUGAAGCCACUUAACUGCCCCAGGCUGUGGCUGGCUUGUGCCUGGACCUCCAUGCUGGCAUUACCGGUCCCUUGCCAGGGAAGCCUGAGGGCAGAGGGGACAGUGCUGGUCUUAGUGGGCUCCCCACUUGUCCCUCCAGUGGGAAGGGACCCAAAGGCACUCAGAGGGACCCCGCCAGCAUGGCCUUGGACGACUCUUCCUUUGGUUUGUGUCCCCCUUCCCCUCCGCUUCUGUUUACAUGAUCCUGGGAGCCAAUGACAGCGGCUGUUCUCCAGAGCCCUGCAAAACAAGCCACCAGGUGACUGGCCCAGCCACCCUCUUUUGCAGUAUCACACUUUUUAUUUUUGUGGGUUUUUAAAAAAUCAUUGCUUUGUAUUGUAGUAAUCAAUACUCGCAGUAUAUGUUGAAUGUAUGAUAUACUUUGCUAUUAUUUCUGUUAUUGGGAAAUGUCCAAAGUAUUCCCUCCACCCCUCAUUUCUGUCGGACUGAAAACAAGAAUCCACAUAACAAAAACUCCUCCAGAUCUUCAGCAAACUCUUAGUUCAGGUUUUUGUUUUGUUAUGUUUUUUUUUUGCAAGGGGGUGUGUGUGUGUUCAUUUGCAACUAGUAACUUAGUUGGACGUGGGAUCAUGACAAAUAAACCCAUGAUUAUGGUUGA